GUUGGUCGUUGAGUUGUCUUUCCUCCUUCUUCCUCUUCGUUAGCACCUGAACACCAGCAGCAGCAGCAGCAGCAGCAAAAGGCAAGACUCGAAAGCAAGGAUGGGCGCCUCUGAAGAACUCGAGUACCUCAAGUCGCUUGUUGCGCAGUUGAAUGACAAGAUUGCGUCGUUGGAGGCUAAAGCCAAGGGUCCUGCCUCGAAGACGCCUGCGCAACAGCUGAGGACGAUUUUGAUUGGGCCUCCUGGUGCUGGCAAGGGCACCCAAGCCCCCCGCAUCCGGGAUGAGUUCUGCGUCUGCCAUUUGGCGACUGGCGACAUGCUGCGGGACCAGGUGGAGAAGAAGACCCCGCUGGGUAUUGCGGCGAAGAAGAUUAUGGAUGCUGGAGGGUUGGUGUCGGAUGAUAUUAUGGUUAAUAUGAUUAAAGACCAGUUGGAGAAUAAUGAGGCUUGUAAGAAUGGAUUCGUGUUGGACGGCUUCCCCCGCACAGUCCCACAAGCCCAAAAACUCGAUGGCAUGCUCGCGGAACGCAAGGAGAAGCUCGACUCGGUCGUCCAGCUCCUCAUCGACGACCAGCUCCUCAUCUCGCGUAUCACCGGCCGCCUGAUCCACCCCGCCAGUGGACGGUCGUACCACAAGAUCUUCAACCCACCCAAAAAGGCCGGCAUCGACGACCUCACUGGCGAACCCCUCAUCCAGCGCUCCGACGACAACGCCGAAACGCUCACCCGCCGCCUCAAGACGUACCACACCCAAACCGGCCCUGUCGUUGACUAUUACAAGGCGAAGGGCCUCUGGCAUGGUGUUGAUGCCGCGCAGAGCCCUAGUGUUGUGUGGGAUAGCAUGCGGGGUAUUUUUGCUGGGCGGAAGUAGGGGUUGGAGGAGGGUUGAGUACACAGGAGGAGUGUGGAGGAGCGAUGGGAGGG